AUGCAGACAAAUGCUGACCAGGUGGAGAAGGACAUCCUGGAGACACAGUCCAGACUGAAGCAGGAUGCCAGCAAUCACCAGAAGAACAAGGCUUUUGAGUUCCAGCAAGAGAACGCCAGGAAUCUGAAGGAGGCAGAGACCCUGCUGAAGGACCUCUUCCUGGAUGUGGACCGUGCCAAGCGGCUGAAGCACCCUCAGGCCACUGAGAUAGAGAAAGACAUCCAGCAGCUCCACGACCGGGUGACACAGUUGUGUGCAGAGUACCGGGCCCUCUACGAACAGCAGCAUCCCCGACGUGGCGCCCAGGGUGGACUGGGCCAGGAUCCUGGAGCAAAAGAUGGACAGUACGGCCCUGGCAUGUCGGAGCUGGAAAAGCAGAUAGCUGAGCACAACAUCCUCCAGAAGGAGAUUGAAGCCUAUGGCCUCCAGAUCAAGAACCUCUGCUCUGGGAUCAGUGCCGUGGAAAGCCUCCGUCUGGCGAGGGCAGAGCCUGGGCAGCCUGUACACCACCUCCAGGGCUGCACCAAGGAGCUGGGCUACCUGACAGACCAGCAGACCAGGAUCCUGAAACAGGACUGGAGUGACCAGAUGAUGGACGCCCAGAGCAUGCGCCGGGAGUACGAGAGGUACAAGAGACACGAGGUCCGCGCUGGAGUUAAGGAUGAGUGGAGUUAA